CCUCCUUCCCUCCAUCUCUCCAUCCCUCCAUCCCUCGCCGGGCACCGAGCCCGCCCGGGUCCCCCCUCCCCUCCCGCAGGCGAUGCCUCCUCCUCCUCCGCCGCCCCCGCCGUGAAGCUGGGCAAGCAGCCCGGGCUGGCUCUUCUUCUCGGCCGCCAGCGAGGGUCGUCGGAAGGGCUUUCUGGUCGGCCAGGAUGCCCGGCGCGGCCAGGGCCCCGUCGGCUGCCGUCCCGAGCGGGCUGCCGGCCUCCUCCUCCUCUUCCUGCUCCAACCCGGGGGUCUCCUCCGGGGGUCUCCUGCCCCCCGAGGAGGCGGCCAAGCUGUACCGCGCCAACUACGUGCGCAACUCGCGGGCCAUCGGGGUGCUGUGGGCCAUCUUCACCAUCUGCUUCGCCAUCGUCAACGUGGUCUGCUUCUUCCAGCCUUACUGGAUCGGCGACGGCGUGGAGACCCCGCAGGCGGGCUACUUCGGCCUCUUCCACUUCUGCACCGGCAGCGGCGUCUCCCGGGAGCUGACGUGCCAGGGCAGCUUCGUCGACUUCGCCAGCCUGCCGUCGGGCGCUUUCAAAGCCGCCUCCUUCUUCAUCGGGCUCUCCAUGGCGCUGGUGGUCGCCUGCAUCCUCGCCUUCAGCCUCUUCUUCUUCUGCAACACGGCCACCGUCUACAAGAUCUGCGCCUGGAUGCAGCUCAGCUCCGCUGCUUGCCUUAUCCUCGGUUGUAUGAUUUAUCCCGAUGGCUGGGACGCAAAAGAGGUCAAGCGGAUGUGCGGGGAGAAGACAGACAAGUACACGCUGGGAGCCUGCUCCAUCCGCUGGGCCUACAUCUUGGCCAUCAUUGGGAUCCUGGAUGCCCUCAUCCUCUCCUUCCUGGCCUUUGUACUUGGCAACAGGCAGGACAGCUUACUAGCGGAAGAGCUGAAGUUGGAAAACAAAGAAGAUGGAAAUGCUUAAGGCAGAGGGGAGUGUGAAACUAAAAAU